GGGAGAGAUAGGCAGAAGGAGAACAGAAGACAAAGGAGCUAUAUCUUAUCCGGAUCACAGCUAACACACCAUGAUGCUUCGCCUCAAAGACCAGGACGCUCUCAUCCCUCGACCUCGAGGGACUUUGCCCACGGUGGCUGCUGCGGCGCUGGCUGCCAUAACGAUAGGAAGCGUUGUGUUUCUGUCUCCUGAAAGGUUGUUUGGAUGGGUUGCCAUGGUAAUCCUCAUCCUGACCCUCGGCCCUCUGCUGCACGGGCUCUGUCUGCUGGCAGAGGAGAUGCUUAACCAUUCAAAUACGAGGUAUGGAGGCCGGAGGCUGCUGAGCCACGUGCUGCCAGCCUGUGGUUUGGGGGGAAAGACCCUGCUGGCUGCGGCGCUGGCGGGCCUCCUGCUCUACCUGGCCGGAGAUCCUCUGCCACACAAAGGCCUAUGCUGGAAACUCCUCAUCCUGACCUCGGUCCUUUACGCUCUGUUCAAAAGCCUGGGAGUCCUGGGUCCGUCGGAGGUGGAGGUGUCCGACAUCUGCGAGGGGAGGAAGAUGAACGUGGCCCACGGCCUGGCCUGGUCCUUCUACCUGGGCUACCUGCGACUGGUGCUGCCGCGUUUAGAGGACUCCAUCGCAGCAUUUCGUGAGACCCAUAAGACCCUCUGGAGUCGUGGCUCCAGGAAGCUCAUCAUCCUGAUACCUAUCAACGCCAACAUUUCUCACAAGCUGGAGGAUGAGGACGACAACAUCUAUUUCUAUGACAACCUGCCCAACAACGAGAUAGACCGGGCAGGCGUCCGGGGGCGGGUCUACAAGCACAGCGUCUACAGAGUAUUGGACGAGCAUGGGAAGGCCCAUGAGUGUGUGGUGGAGUAUGCAACGCCUCUGCUGACUCUGUACAGCAUGUCCCAGGAGAGCAGCGCUGGUUUCGGGGAGCCUGAGCGCAGACAGCAGGUCCUGCUCUUCUACAGGACCCUGCAGGAAAUACUGGAGCACUCACUGGAGUGUCGCAACCGCUACAAACUCAUCCUGCUUAAUGACGAGCCCGAGGACGACCCUCACCUCCUGUCCAAAGUCAUCCUUAGACACCUGCAGCAGCAGGAGAGAGAGGAGUUCUGCCUUACCCCUCCUCCUCAGCAGGAGGUGGCGCACCCCUUCAUAAGAACAUCAAGUGCUCCGCCAAAUGACUGUGGCCACCCUGAGCCAAUGAGCAGAGAGCCUACGCUCAUGUUCAGCCUGGAGAAACCUCAGCCUCUGAAGGAACCUGUUGAGGACACUGACCAUUAUCGUGGAAAAAUAUAAACACAUGCUCAGGCACAUAGGAACAUAAA